AUGAUGAGGAAAAUGUGGGUUUGGAUUUUGGUGACAAUAUCAUUGGUUUGGGUUAAUGAUUGGUAUGGUGGCUGUUAUGGGUGUUUGGAGGAAGAGAGAAUUAGUCUUUUGGAGAUCAAAGCUUCAUUCGAUCCAUUUUGCAUGGAUUCUGGAGUAUUGAGAGACUGGGUGGACAAUAAAGAGAAAUUUGGUAACUGCUGUGAGUGGCCUGGUAUCCAGUGUGAUGAAUCCACAAAACGAGUGACCCAAAUCUCUUUUACGGAUCCGAAUCCAUAUGAACCUUACUGUUCCCGCGGAUGGAUUCUCAAUGCAUCUUUGUUUCUGCCUUUCCAAGAAUUACAAACUCUUGAUUUAAGAAGAACUGGAUUAGUUGAUUGCUUUAAGAAUGAAGGCUUUGAAGUCCUAUCAUCAACACUGAAGAAAUUGGAAGUCCUUGACUUAAGUGAUAAUCUAUUUUACAACAGGCCUCUUUCAUUGAAUGGGCUUUCAUCUCUCAAGUCUUUAGAUCUAUCAACUAAUGGGUUGACGGAAUCAGGUUUUGAGGUUAUGUCAUCAAAUUUGAGGAAACUAGAACACCUUGACCUCAGUUAUAAUGAAUUCAACGACAGGAUUUUAUCAUGUCUGAGUAGAUUUUCGUCUUUGAAGUCCUUAAAUCUAUCAGGCAAUUAUUUGUUGUCAGGGUCAACGGAUAUAAGUGGUAAAGUUGUUAAUCUAUCUCACGAAAACUAG